AUGCCAGUUAAAAUUUAUCAUGACGAUGAUGCCGAUUUGAAUAUCGUGCGUAGUAAAACUGUUGCAUUUAUUGGUUAUGGAAAUCAAGGUCGUGCCCAAGCAUUAAAUUUACGUGAUAGUGGUGUGAAUAAUAUCGUCAUUGGUAAUAUUGAUGAUGAUUAUGCUAAACAAGCUUGUGAAGAUGGAUUUAAUCCAGUGAGUAUUGAAGAAGCUGUUCGUCAAGGCGAUAUUCUUAUGUUACUUAUUCCUGAUGAAGAUCAACAAACAGUUUGGAAUGAAAAAAUUCGUGGCAAUCUAAAACCAAAUAGUACAUUAGUUGUUGCAAGUGGAUAUAAUGUUGCAUUUAAAUUACUUGAUAUACCUGAUGAUAUGGAUGUUGUUAUGGUUGCACCACGAAUGAUUGGUGCUGGUGUACGUGAUCGUUAUGUUCAAAAAAUUCCAUAUCCAUGUUUUGUAUCUGUUGAAAAAGAUACUAGUGGUACAGCUCUAGCAACAUGUCUUUCAGUUGCUUGCGCCAUUGGAGCAACACGAGGUAAUGGUGCUGUUAGUUCAUCAUGUCGUGAAGAAGCUGGUAUUGAUUUAUUUGCCGAACAAGCACUUUGGCCUGAAAUUAUGGCAAUAUUUCGUGAAGGUUAUAAUGUUUUACAUGACGCUGGAUUUUCUGAUGAAGCUAUUUUAUUUGAUAUGUAUUUAAGUAAAGAACCAGCUGAAAUAUUUGAACGUGCUGCUGAUGAAGGUUUUGUUAAACAAUUAAAAUAUCAUUCACGAACAAGUCAAUAUGGUCAAUUAUCAACAAUGAAUCGUCAUGAUGGAAAAGAAAUACGUGAAAAAUUUCGACGCAUUCUACAUGAUAAUAUUUUAUCAGGAAAAUUUGCAGAAAAAUGGUCGAAUACAAAAUGGGCUGCAGAAGAAUUAGCUAAAGAAUGGCAAGAAGUUGAAAAAGCACCUAUUGCUCAAGCUGAUCAACGUGUACGAGAAGUUAUUCGACCUGACAGAAAAAAAUAA